CGUUAGAAUUAUUUUUUCUUAUUUUUUAAUUCACCACGAAGUCUUCUGGAAAAUAUGACAACUAAAAAAUGAUAAAAGUAAAGGUUAGCGGUAAAAAAUUACCACGUGCAUAGUGUUAAAAGUAGAAGUAGAAGUGAAUCUUUUACCAAAUAAUCAUCCAAAGUUUAUUAGAAUAAUUAAACCAAAUUACCAAAAUGUCAAAAAACGAACAAAAUGGAACCGAUGACAUGAAAGCGGCUGUAGGAGAAAUAGACGAAAUAAUGAAACGUUAUGAUGAAAAAAUUCGUAACAAGUUGGUCUCUCAUAUUCUUUCAUCUUGGUUGACUGAAAAGGCAGCUGAUCAUUUCGGUCUAGAUGAAGUUUUAGAAAAUGAAAAUUGUGUGGAUGAUGACUUUGACACCGGCGAUGUUUUGGAUGACCCGAUCAAGACUUUAGACAACAUCGUUGCAUCAAUUAAACCCAAAGUACCUCGAAGCGGAAUUUUGGAGUUAGAAAAUUUCGUUCAAACUAAAAAACCCGAUGAUCCCAAUGCAACGAUUGAAAUCGAUUGUUUUCUGUACGACGAUGAAGACUUCGACAUUCUUGAAGACAAAGGAGAGCUGUCACGUUACUACUGCGAAACAUGUGGCUCUAAGAAAAUUAAAUUCUUAAAUAUUGAAUCACAUUCGAUGUCCCGGGAAGAACUAUUUACUCUUUUCAAUGAUACCCUUCCUGUUCUUGUAGAUAAAGUAGUCCUUGAUGUAGGCUCACGUCUCGGUGCAGUUUUGUAUGGAGCUUACGUAUUUACUGAUGCAGAAAAGAUAAUAGGUGUCGAAAUGAACAAAGAAUUUUGCGACAUUCAAACAGAGGUGAUCAACAAAUUCAAAAUGAAUAAGAGAAUCGAGGUGAUCAACAAAAAAAUUCAGGAUUGUGCAGACGUACUCAAAUCUGCCGAUGUAGUUGUUUUAAACAACAUCUUUGAACCGUAUCUUCCGAAAGAAAAGCAUGCUGAGUUGUGGUAUUUCUUCAAGGAACACAUCAAGAAAGGCGCUUACAUCGUAUGCCGACCUCCAAUUGAACACGCAGUGAAAGAUUUGAAUCUCAACAUCGACGUUACCGAGUGGGUCAAAAAAGUAGAGGCACUAAGUUUUGAUGAUAAUACUGACGAAGGUGAAAAUGAGACUCCCAAGAUCGAUUUUCCGAGAAGUGGGAUACCCUGCUAUGUGGUUCUAUAACAAAAUUUAAUUUAUUUAAGCAUUUUUUAAAAAUUAACUAUCUACGCUAAUAUUAUAUGAUUAAACAAGAAUCUGAGAGGCUAAAAAUAUCUUAGCGGUAUGAACUGUAAGUAUAAGGAAGUCUCAGAUUUAAAAAAAAACUAUUAUUUUAAUUAGUAGUUCGUGUAUUCAGCUGAGUGAAGGAAAAUAAUCCGUUAUAUAUAUAUAUAUAUAUUACAAUAUACAAUACACAAUAUAUACAGUAUGCAAUUGCAUUCUAUGGAGUCUUUAUAAGUACCUAGACUGAAGCGUUGAGCCCCUUCUCUAUCGUAAGUAGGAGAAGUCACUGGCAAUAUGGUCAAGUUCAAAUCACGGGUUCAGUCGCCAAUUGACUCACUAUAGAGCUCAUGCUAAGUGUUUAAUCACCACAAUUAAUAACACUUUUUGUUACUAUCGGAAAUUAUAUGUUAUUUUGUUAAUUAUUCAGCGCUGUUUUAUAGUCAAAAGUCUAGAACUGUUACUAAUUGUUGCCAAUAGUUAUGAUAAAAUGAUAAUAUUAAAUGAAUAGAACAAGAAGCGGACAAGAGUGUGCCAUUGCCAGUUUACGAAAACCAGCGCAACGAAAUGCCCAGUACUUACACAUACAUGUGAAUGUACAUACUGUGUACUAUAUAUAUAUAUAUAUAUAUAUAUAUAUAUAUAUAUAUAUAUAGGGGGAGAGGCGUGAAAAAUCCUGUGUAGUGCGGCGCUUGAUGCCGCUGUUGCUGCUCUGCUCGCAAUGGCUGCCAUUGCCGGCUGCUAAACUGUCAUGACAGUAGUCAUAGUGUUGCCUUGCUGGUCUUGCUCUUGGUUUACCACUAAGAAAAUAAUAAACGGCAUGUGCUUACAUAAAAUAAUACACCAGCAGCUACUUGUAGAGUGCA